UAUGCUUAUUUUAUCAAAGAUCUGGCCAAGAGGAUUGCCUCGCCUCAUCCAAUCAGAUGAGCUGAAUGACACUUCCCCACGAAAAAUCCGUCGACGAACAGAGCCAAUCGACGCCUAGCGAUGACAACAACAACGGACUCAGAAAUCCCACCACACGAUUAUCUCUUGAUCAUCCGGAUCACAGGUUGCCGGAUGCCAAUAACAGUUGCUAGAAGACUUGCAGUUGUACUGCUUGAGCUACCCACGUGUUUGCCUUGCUCAACGGACUUCGCCUCAUUGCGUCCAAUCAUUGACUUUGAACGACUUUCUACCAAGCGUUAUUGCCAGUGACAUGCUGCUUGGGUCGCACGGAAUUGCUUUGAAAUGACAUUCUCUGGCCUGGAUGUUACGGCCAAAGAUUGAGGCAC